CCACUCUCUGAUGCCUUACGCACAUGCAGUACACACUUGGGACGUGUAGAUAAGAGUAGUGCACUAUGAAUAUUACAUUUGCUUUUAGAAACAUCAUUCUGAAAGGUCAAUCAGGUGCAGCUGAGAUGAGCAGGCACGUGCAUUUAAAAAUUGCAUUUGUAUUCAUUUACAUACUUGUGCACUUGCACUGGAGCUGCGCUGUAGAUUUUUGUGAACCAGGUGAAGACUGCAAAAAUCAAGAUGUGUAUGACAACACGGUGACAGCAAUCCCUGAAAAAUUCAAAGAUGGAGCCGAUGAAAUAUUCUUUGUAGACAGUCAGAUUCCUGUCAUACACAAAGGAGUUCUUUCUAAAAACCCUCAAAUAAAGAAAAUCGAAUUUCUCAGUACUUCAACUCACUCUGUAGAGGCUGGAGCCUUUGAGGGUUUGCCUAAUAUCACCACCAUCGAGAUAUCUAGCACAAACGUGACAUCAUUACCUGUUGGUGUUUUUAAAGGUCUCAGCAACCUUGAAAAACUUGUUCUAAAAAGCAACAAAAUCCAUAGCCUUGAAAACGGAUUAUUUGAUGAUUUAAAAAACCUUAAAUUCUUACAUCUACAUAUGAAUGAGAUCGGCUCUAUCGAGGAGGGGACGUUUGACAAUUUAGAGAAACUCUCAGUUCUUCAUCUUGCAAAAAACAACCUUAGUUCUGUAUCAGCAUCUCUUUUUUCCAAACUUAAAGGCUUGACCAUUUUCAGGCUUUAUGAGAACCAACUGACUGCUCUACCGGAUGGGAUUUUUGAUAAUUUUCCUAAAGUGACAGAGAUAGCCUUGGAAAGCAACCAGAUCUCCUUUAUACAACCAAAUCUAUUUCCACACAAAAGUAAAUUAACAAAACUCUCUUUGGAGAAUAAUCUUUUAACAGAACUGCAGCAAGAUCUAUUUGUCGGUUUCUCUUCAUUAAAGACUCUAACUCUACACAACAAUCAACUUACCAGUCUUCCCAAUGUCCUUUUUGGAGAAAUGCCCAAAAUAACCGAAUUUAGUCUAAGCCAUAACAAUCUCACUCACCUACCAACUGGAGUUUUCAGUCCACUUAAGAAGCUCAAGAAGCUAGACCUUUCCUCAAACCAGUUUUCAACCAUAUCUGCAGACUUUUUUGAAGGUCUUGGGAAACUAAUUGAUCUAAAUCUCCAAAACAACAUGAUAGAGUCAUUAAAACAAGAGGACUUUGAAAAACUUCAGUCUCUUACAACUCUCAGACUGGGAAAUAAUCAACUGCAAAGCCUUCCUGGUGAUGUUUUUGAUGCUCUUCCAAAACUCAAUAAACUGUACCUGAAACAGAACCCAUGGCGGUGUGACUGUAACCUGCGACCAUUCUUUGACUGGAUGAAGAACAAUGAGGACAAGAUUAAAUCAAAGCCACCAGAAGUUUGUGAGUCUCCAAAAAAUCUGCAAACGCAAUCAAUCACCUCUUUAACAGAAGAACAAUUAAUAUGCCUUACAACUUUACCAACUACCACCUCUCUCCUGACAAGUACCGUUCCCAUGACCACAACUGUCUCAACGAUGACAACAGCACCUCCAAUGACCACUGCUUUACAGACAACUACUCCAACAACAACUCAACCAACUACAACACAGACAACCACACAAGCCAUCACCACAGCGCCAACUACUCAUCUCACAACUUUGCUACUUACCACAACCACACUACCUACCACCACUGCCACAACAACAGCUCCAACAACCACAACAGUCCCAACUACGGCGUCAACAACCACGAUACCAUCAACGACUGCCCUCCUGACAACUACAUUAUUUCCCACCACACCAACAACGACAGUUCCAACAACAACUGCGACCCCCACUUCUACAACCGCGAUACCAUCAACGACUGCCCUCCUGACAACUACAUUGAUUCCAACCACACCAACAACGACUGCGACCCCCACUUCUACAACCAUGAUACCAUCAACAACUGCCCAAGUGACAACUACACUGAUUCCCACCACGUCAACUUUAGCGACUACAGCUAUAGUAAUCCCCACCACUAUUACAAGUCAAGAGACAACAACAACUACCUUACCACCCAGCACGACUAUAACAACUCCUUUUCUCACCAGUACUUUCAUCUGUACCGGCUCUCCUCAGACAAUUCUUUCAACACACACUACCGCUUACAAGUACUUAUCAUGCAAGGAACAGGUGAUAUUUUAUACCUCUAUGCUGCUGGUGGAAAUCUGUUGUACUCUGGUGCUGGCCAAAUUCACCUAUACAUUAUACUGCUCACUGGAGCAAAGGGAGAGACUGUACACUCAAGUCAACUUGACUCACUUCUCCUAUACUAAGUCUAUUGUACUCAGACCAGUUGAAGAGACUGUAGCUCUUUGAUCUCUCUUUUUUCUUUGAAAAUUAAAUAGCAUCUGGCGGUGGACAUUUAUGAGAGUUGAGUGUUCCUUAAAGGAAUGAUUUCCCAAACUAAUUGAUGCUGAAUUGAUGCUUUAUGCAUUCAUUUCAUGCACAGUAGGGUCCACAAGUCUGAAUCUUGUGUUUUCUAUUAAAAAGACUUAUGUCUUAUAUUUUUACAUAAUUAUUAUAUACAAUAUAUAACAAUUUAAAUGAAGAGUUGCAUUGGAAGUAAUAAUAAUAAGCACGGUAUAGUUAUCAGUUAUCAAGUGUUAAUGUGUGUUAUAAGGGUAAGUAAGCAAAGACAGAAUUAAACGUUUUAUGUCUGUCCAAA